AUGACAACUUUUCAAAGUCAACUUUUGUAUGCUUUAGGAAACAGAACAAAAGUUUUGCAUGAGUUGAAAAAGGUGUUUGUUCGUCCUCUAAUACAGAUUGCUGUGAAAGCAAUAACUGAAGAACAUAUAGAGGAGGGAAUAUUGGAUAGAAUAAGCCAAAAGUACAAUAUACCAGAAGAAUCUGUAGACGAAUACUAUUCAGUUAUUUAUACGAUAUUGAAAGUUCACUUAGGCAGACUGUCUCAAAAUGUUAAGCCUACAGAAUUCAAGCAAACAUUAGACGAACUAAAUUUAUCCUCUGACUGCAUUGAAGAUUUGUCUACAGUGAUUUAUGGCCAGAAGCGACCAGAGUUGUUGACAGGCUUGAUCAACAGAACUAAGUUUUAUGCCCAUUUAAUAUCUUGCAAGUGGCAUGUGGACAUCAUAAUUUCUUCUAGCAUCUUAAACAGAGUCUUAGAACCACAUAUUCUAAUGGAAUGGACAUUCAACAAUGGAGAGCGGCAGAUAUUUGAAUUGUCUAUGUCAAAAUUCCAUCAACUGAGACACACUGUAGCAACUUUACUUGUGGAAAUGCAGAAAGUUGAACAACAGUGUGCUUCAAAAAAUAUUUGCAGUUGA